UUGAACCACACCACAAAUUUCUACCUCACAUCUGACGAAGGGGUGACCAUCGGAGUCUGGCAUACCGUGCCUGCCAGCAGGGGGGAAGAGGCGAGAGGAAAGGGCCAACGCUGGUUUGAAGACUCUCUUGCAGAUGACAACCCAAUUAUAAUUUAUCUCCAUGGCAAUGGGGGAACCAGGGCUGUCGAUCACAGAGUACAACUAAUGAAGGUUCUCAGUGAAGCGGGCUUCCAUGUCUUGGCUUUGGACUACAGAGGGUUUGCUGACUCCACUGGUGAGCCAAGUGAGGCCGGCGUGACCCAUGAUUCUGUCUAUUUAUAUGAAUGGGCGAAGGCUCGCAGCCAUGGAAAUCCUGUGUGCCUCUGGGGCCAUUCUCUGGGAACCGGUAUUGCCACGAAUGCAGCCAGGAAACUGCAAGAAAAAGGGAAUGCAGCUGACGCGGUGAUCCUGGAGGCCCCGUAUACCAACAUCCGAGAUGCUGGAGCAUUUCACCCUUUUGGAAAGAUCUAUCACAUUUACCCCGGAUUCGAAUACUUUUUCCUGGACACGUUUGCACUGAGUAAUCACGUGUUUCCAAAUGAUGAAAACAUCAAAACCAUGACCAGUCCAAUCAUGAUCCUUCACGCAGAAGAUGACCAGGUCGUUCCCGUGUCGAUGGGAAAAGAGCUCCAUGAAAUCGCAAUAAACUCCCGUCACCCCAGAGAUGUGAAGCUGGUAGUAUACCCCGCCAAG